GCAAUGAAAAACCACACAGCACCCAGGGAAUUCAUUCUUCUAGGGCUGUCAGAUGACCCUGAGCUUCAGGUUGUGAUUUUUCUCUUUCUAAUGAUCAUGUAUAUAUUAAGCAUCACUGGAAAUUUAACCAUCGUCACUCUCACCUUGGUGGACUCUCAUCUACAGAUCCCUAUGUAUUUCUUCCUCAGGAACUUCUCUGUAUUAGAAAUAUCUUUUACAACUGUCUGUAUCCCUAGAUUCCUCAGCACAAUUGUCACCAGAGACAAAACUAUUUCAUACAAUAAUUGCACAGCUCAGUUGUUUUUCUUCAUCUUCAUAGGUGUAACUGAAUUCUACCUUCUAACUGCCAUGUCCUAUGAUCGCUAUGUAGCCAUCUGCAAACCCCUGCAUUACACAACCAUCAUGAGCAAGAGAGUCUGCACGCUGCUUGUAUUUUGUGCUUGGUUGGCAGGAUUUUUAAAUAUUUUCCCACUAGUUAUUCUAUUCCUCCAGUUGGAUUACUGUGGCUCCAAUGUCAUCGAUCACUUUGCUUGUGACUAUUUCCCUCUCUUGCAAUUAUCCUGUUCAGACACUUGGCUCCUAGAAGUGAUUGGUUUUUACUCUGCAAUAGUGAUUCUACUUUUCACUUUGGCAUUAAUUAUUCUCUCUUACAUGUUCAUCAUUAAGACAAUCCUUAAACUCCCUUCUGCCAGUCAGAAGCAAAAGGCAUUUUCCACUUGUUCCUCUCACAUGAUUGUCAUCUCCAUUUCUUAUGGAAGCUGCAUAUUCAUGUAUGUUAACCCUUCAGCCAAAGAAAGGGCAUCACUGAUCAAAGGAGUAGCUGUUCUCAAUACUUCUGUUGCUCCUAUGAUGAAUCCAUUUAUAUACACUCUGAGGAACCAGCAAGUGAAGCAAGCCUUUAAGGACACAUUCCAAAAGGUUAUGUUUUUCUCAGCAAAAUCAAAGUGUUAGUAGUAUUAAAUGAAUAAAGUUCUUGUUAAUGCCUUCUCUU